CCUCGCUCAAGAAUAGAGCACUGUAUCGCAUUUGGAAAAAGAAUACAUUCUACAAAAUGUCUGGAAAUCAUUUUCCGGCACUUUGUGGAAUAUUUGUUAUACUGACAUGUGUUUCUUCAAGUUUUAUUAACUUUGAACCGGGAUUUGAGUACCAGUACAAGUAUGAUUCCAACGCAAAUGUGAAAAAUCUUGGAGAUUUUCAAGUAUUAGCCAAGGUCGGCUACAUCAACGUCGGUGACAGCGGCAACGGACAAGAGAUCUACGUGAAGGUGUAUGCUCUGCAGCUGAAGACCAAACACUCACAAGAUACCAUUGGCCAUCAUUUGGACUUCUCGAAAUGGUUCUCGUUUGUGAUCACGUCCCGUGGCGAGAUUCUCCAUGUCUACCACCCUCCUGACGACGACGACGAAGCUGUUGCAAUGAAGAAAGGAGCCGCCGCCAUGUUCGCGUCUCGUCUACACCACGCCACUGAGGGUCAUGUCCAUGCAACUGACGACGGCUGGGGUUAUCACGUGAGAGAAACUGGACAUGAGGGUCCUCACAACGCCACCUACUCUGUGCGGCCAACUCACACAGGUCACGUGUUCACCAAGACGAGAUAUCCGGGUCACCACCCCGUCACGCACGCAACAUCAGAUUAUACCAAGACGCUGUAUUACGACACUGCCCUUGGAACAAUGCACACCAUUCAAGUAGAGGAGAAGUUCCGGGUUAUGCAUAAGACUGCAGAAGGAUAUGACCCGUAUGAAAACAGUCGUCCCGUCAAGGCGGUCAACAACUUCACAGAAAUGGAAUUACCCGAGAUGUCAGCACAAGGUUCAGGAAAGCUGGUGUUCCUCAGCAAACACAAGGUUGUCAGUAUUCCCAGCAAACCAAAGACAGGCAUCAGUACGGCGUCCAUUCAUAUCAAAGAGGUGAAGCGCAAGAAGACAGCAGUCAAUGUGACGGAGUACCUGCAGUAUGUGAAGGGGAACCUCACCUGCAUGCGAAACGAGCCAGAUAAAGGUUCGAAGAAGUUGGACAAAUGCUUCACUGAACUUGUUAACGUUCUCCGGGACUUACCUGACAAACAGCUGACUCUCCUUGCCAAACGCUACCUAACCGACAGGCCGAGACUGACUAAGACCUUCAAGGACCAGAACCACAUGUUUGAUGCUAUCGCUGGUCUGACCACAGACCUGUCUCAGCAGCUCCUGCUGGACCUUGUCCUUAACAGAUCCAGACCCGACUCCUCCCUGGUGAUGAGACUCAUGUUCCACAUCGUCUCCUUUGAUGAACCACCAAUAGACGGUAUCAUCACAAAACUGAAGAGCCUGUGUUUUGAGCGCGAGAAGGCCCCUGUGACUUUACAAGAACACAAAACAUAUCACAGGAUGGUGCUGGCGUUGGGAGCGGUUGCUAGGCGACUAUUAGACGCUGGGAGGAAGGAGGAGGCGGUUGAUAUUGUCAUGAAGUUUGAGGGAUGGCUUGGAUUACAUGAUCCCUGGCUUUACCGCACGAAACGAUCUACUAUGACAGAAAUUGAAGUCCUUAAUGACGACCGCUGGAGAGUUAUUUUACUGGGAUCUCUGGGUAAUGCCGGUCUCGACCAAUCAUUUGAGAUGAUUGUGUCACAUGUCAACACAACCAACUCUCAGUGGGUGAAGCGGGCUGGGAUACACGCCUUAAGGAAGUACCAACAUGAAGGGGCAGCACAUCUGAUGUUAAGGACAGCCCUGUACGAUGACGACGAGAAGGUCCGAUAUGAAGCCCUCCUACAAUACCAGGCUCACCCAAAAGCAGCAAAUAUAGCUCCCAUGUACAGAGAAGAAGGUCCCAUGAAUGGAUCCAUUUUUCACGUGGAUCCUCGCUAUGUUGGCAAACGGGACAUUGAAGUACACCAUCGACGUAAAAGGGACAUCGGUAAGCUCGAGUUCAUACUGGCCUCACCGAGCGUAGACUGGAAGAAGAUGAUUGGAACCACAACACUUGGAGCUUCCUUUGGACUCCUCAUCAACAACGCUUUAGACUUCAAGAUAGCACCUUUGAGUGGACACAUGAAAAUUAACAUCCACGAUGAAGCCUACGCCCGCAUCCACCUUGGUUUCAUGGGCAAGAAUCUGGAAUUCUUUCUGGCGAGGAUCUGCUUCAAGGGAGGAGCUUCUUACAACCUGAACAUGCUGCAGGAGUAUGGCGUGGACAACCUCCAGAAACUGGUGGAACUCUACGACGCUAUCAAGGGUGAUGCUGCUGGUGCUAUAGGGAAAGGUCUGGAUCUCUUCAAGAGCAUCAUCGAUGGGGAGUUCUCGCUUACUGACAUGAUAGAAGGUUUCAGGACGGCGCUUGAGGAGCUUCCAGAUAAGGUUGUGAGUGUUGGAAAGAAGGCAUCAGAUGCUAUGACGGUCCUUGGUCAGCUGGACGAGAAACAGUUGCCUCCCUUUGCUAAACCUGCCAGGGACCUUGUGUUGAAAAUCACAAAUCUUUACAAGGAAGUCAAGUCAUCGGUCCUCAGCUUUUACAAUCAACUGAUGGAGACAGUGACGAUUAUAAUACCCAGGGCAGGGAAGAUGAUCUAUAAGGCUAUCAAGGCUAUCAUUGACAGCUUCAGGACGUUCAACAAAGACCCCAAACUGGCUAUUUCUACUGUCGCUGGCAACGUCAUUACUAUUGGCCUAGAAGUAAAUAAUCUGGUUGACGUCAUUAACAAGGCCAAAAAACCCCUCGAAAAUCCUCCUGACUGGAUGGACCUAGGUUCGAAGGUGGUUGAGAUAGUGGAGGCAGGGGUUAAAGCAAAGACGGCGCUGCUGGGAGGUGGGGAGAAAUGGAUCAAGGAGGUUGCGAAGGGGAGGAAGGACCCUGUAGCGGAGUUUUCCAAGGGGAAGAGUAACAUGACUGCGAUGAGACAGGAUGUGGUGGCAAUGCUGAAGGACAUUGUUGAUGAUGUUCUGGCUCCUCUUGAACCUCUAAAAAAACUGGGAAUGAAGUUCGUGGACACUUUCCAGAAGGUGUUUGAUCUCGUCAAAACCGUGAAGGAAGCUUACAACAUUCUGAAGGAAGGAUACCGAACGGCCCGCUCUCUUAUCGACCGUGUUUUCGGACCCAAAUGUCACAAGGAGUUCCCCCGAACCCUCCGACUCGCUGGGGGUGGAUGCAAUGGACAGGGCAGCUACCCCUCUGAACUGAAGGAUAGAGAUGAAUACGAGCAUGAAGGAAUAGAUGUGACAAUAUCUCCUGGCAAAGAGAUUGUGGCUCCGUUUGCUGGAAACAUCAUGCUGUCUGACAAAUCUCAUGAGGUCAUCAUCAUCCCGAAUGCAGGAUCUCUUAAGGAAACGGAGGUCAUCAUCACGAACAUCGACCCUGACAGCUCCUUAAGCAUCCAACGUCCAGGUGACUCUACAUAUGUGGACAAUCCAGUGAGUGCUGGACAGAAGAUAGGCGUGGCGGCCAACUCUCCGUGUGGGGGUAACGAACACAUUCAUUUCUCCCUGAGACGGAAGGGCGGCUAUGUGGAUCCUACACGCUACCUGGAAGCCAGGAUACCGAAGAUUCCUGAGUGGGUGCAAGAAUGUGACGACUACAAGGUGGUGUUUAAGUUUGAGACUAUAGCCGAAAACUGCAUCAUCUGUCUGGACGGUAAAGACAACAAUGACACCAGUCCAGAGAGAAAAGGAGAGGAAGUUGACAAGCCAGAGGACGUUGAUUCCUCAAAAGAUCCUUCCUCAGUUGCCGACGCAGAAAAUAAAAAGCCCGAUUCUAUGUUCCGAAGGAUGCAGUCUCGAAAACCACAGAUAAAAGAAAAGGCGAAGAAAACAAAAGAUGGUGCUCUGGCAACCCUUUUCGAGAAAGCUGGUGCCUUUAUGAAGAAGUUCUCCAUCCGUAACCUGAAAAUGGGGACUAUCUUGGAUCUUCUUGAGAUUCUCGGCCUUGACGAGAGUCAAGAGAAGAUGGCAGAGGUCAUAAGAACAAUCAAGGAGAUGAUUAGCAACAAGCCGUGCUUCAACCCUUACCAGAUGACGGAUGACCAGCUGAGGACGGAGCUGACCGAGAGGGGGAUGAGGGCAGAGGGGACUCGGGAAAACAUGAUCAACUCCCUCACCACGCCAUCAAACACCUGUCCGCUCAUGAAAAUCUCGAUGCCCAACAACAUCUACUGUACAUUUGACGACAAAUGUCUUGGACUGGAAUGCUGUGUACAUUUCAACCUCUUCAUGUUCAGAAAGACAUAUAAGAUGUUUGCGAGGUUUGACCCAUGUGACUUGAAAUUUUCUGUCGGUGCUGGGAAGUUCAACACGUCCAUUGGAAUUGAAGGUGACCUGAAGGAUAUAUAUGCAGGUUUGGAAAAGACUAUUCCGACUAAUGUGAAACUGGACAUACUGGGAGGAAUAGAGCUACUCAUCAGAGUGAAGUUGGAGAAAGAUGACACGGCUGCUCUUAUCACAGUGGCCGCCGGCUUCUGUUCCCAGGACGACCACGACAACUGCAUCGCAUUCUUCAACAUCCUGGACGAGUUUCCAACACCUCUACCUAUAUGUCACCCAGAUGGCUCAAUAACCUGGCCAGACGUUGACUACAGGAGUUUGUUAGAUAAGGAAUCAAUCAGGAGACGAAUUCGGGAAAGUGCGAAAACGUUUGCAAAGGAUACCAUAAAGAAAGGCAUAGAAGAACUACUUGGUGUAAUCCCGUGUAUAUCACCCGAUGCUCCUGGCAAGACGGAUCCCUGUCCCAGACCCGAGGCCCUGACUCGGGAUAUCCUCAAACAGAAGUUACAACAGCGAGGACUGCAGAUCACAGGCACGAGAGACGAACUGGAACAGAGGCUUACGGUUGGACACAGAACUUGCAGACUGAUGAACAGGACAGUGACCCUCCCAACAAUUAAGAACGACAAUAUAAACAAGAUCGUGUACAUGGAGAUAGCCCCGGACUGUCUGCGGUUUGAUGCAUGUGUUGAUAUUAGGAUUAAGAAGCUGAAUUUCAACAAGGCUGUCAACGCUUACAUACAACUAGACCCGUGUAAAUUCACAAUGACCGUCAACUUUGAGGACUGCACUGAGACAGUUAUCCUCCUGGGAUACGACUGGGGGAAAGAGAAGACCGCAAGAUUGAAUGAUUGGGUCUCCAUAAGGUACACCAUUGACAGGAGUGAGGCAAGGAAGGUGUUCGUGGUUGACAUGGGUUUACAAAUCAGUCUUGGAGCGUCGGAACCGAUUCUGAAUGCCUUGUUGAUCGAAAAACUGGAUGUACCAAUACCUGUUUGUAAUGAAAACUUCUCUUUUCCGGGAAACGGAUCUCUGAAUAGCCUUGCAAAACAAAUGGGAGGAAAGCUAAUCAGAGAGGUGGUAGAUGUGGUGUUUCGAAAACUCGGACUGGAUAAGAUUCUGAUAGACGGAGGCUGUACAGCAUUAACGCCCCAGCCAGAUUGCCCUUGGACACUUCCAAACUACAAGCAUCUUCUACCCGCCAGUUUCCAGCACAACGUCAACUGUGAACUGCCGGACAACUGUUUCGGUAUAGAAUGUUGUGUGGACUUCUCGUUUGACAUCCCGCUGUUUGAGAACCCCCUCGUCAAACACGUCCCCUUCUUCCUGAAGUUUGAACCGUGUAACUUCAAUGUGGAGGUCGGCUUUGGGAGCUACUACCACAAGGAAAGGCUGUUGACAUACAACUGGGGAACUGAAAAUCAACUGCACAUUGGCAAUGGUAACCCAUCACCAGUAAUCAUCAAGUUCACGAUCUCCAAGUAUCCCAAAGGCUUCCUCGUUGACCUGAGUGUCCACACAUGCAUCCCUAUCGAUGGUGACAGUUUCUGUACAUUUUUCUAUUCCAGGUUCACGAUCUCCAAGUAUCCCAAAGGCUUCCUCGUUGACCUGAGUGUCCACACAUGCAUCCCUAUCGAUGGUGACAGUUUCUGUAUAUUUUUCUAUUCCAUGUUCACGAUCUCCAAGUAUCCCAAAGGCUUCCUUGUUGACCUGAGUGUCAACACAUGUAUUCCUAUCGAUGGUGACAGUUUCUGUACAUUUUUCUAUUCCAGGUUCACGAUCUCCAAGUAUCCCAAAGGCUUCCUUGUUGACCUGAGUGUCCACACAUGUAUUCCUAUCGAUGGUGACAGUUUCUGUACAUUUUUCUAUUCCAGGUUCACGAUCUCCAAGUAUCCCAAAGGCUUCCUUGUUGACCUGAGUGUCCACACAUGUAUCCCUAUCGAUGGUGACAGUUUCUGUACAUUUUUCUAUUCCAGGUUCACGAUCUCCAAGUAUCCCAAAGGCUUCCUUGUUGACCUGAGUGUCCACACAUGUAUCCCUAUCGAUGGUGACAGUUUCUGUACAUUUUUCUAUUCCAGGUUCACGAUCUCCAAGUUCACGAUCUCCAAGUAUCCCAAAGGCUUCCUUGUUGACCUGAGUGUCCACACAUGUAUCCCUAUCGAUGGUGACAGUUUCUGUUACCCAGAAGGAGGAAUGACGCUGAUGAAUCAGGAGAAGAUACCCGCCUGUGAUGCUAAUGCUCUGGUGGAGUUCACAAAACAAACGGCUGCCAGGUUAUUAUUAGACAAGUUUGGCAUCUCUGAAUUCCUGCUGGAUGACAGAUGUGAUGUUUCUAGAACACCAUACAAGCCAAGUGUUUACGGGUGGAGGAAUGAAUGCCCGAAGAGUAUUGGCAAGCUGCCCAAUCUUCCCAGCGGUCUGUACUGCCACCUAGCGGACACGUGCACCAAGAUAAACUGUUGUUUCCAUGUCCCCUUCCUGGAGAUGUCCUUCAACGCCGUCCUCAACGUCGAUAUGUGCGACUACGUCAUUUAUGCCGCCAUUGAGAACAAAACCAGGACGCUUGGAAUGUUAGGGAAUGGUAUUGACCUCGAUGCUGGUACAUCACUGACGCUAGAUAUCGCGGAUGUCUUCCAGAUGAAAUUUGGUUUGAAAAAGAAAGACAAGGUUCUACUACUUGACCUUGACAUUGAGGUUUGUUUCGAGAAGGAUUCCUGCCUUGUUUCCUCGCCCAUUAUGAAGGGAACUGAAGUUCCACAACUUGUGUGCGACCUUGAUGCCAGCUGGACCCUGAAAAAUUUCAGUAUAUCGGACUGGGCCAAGGCAAGGGGACAGGAUUUGACCAAGGGACUCGCACGGACAGCUGUGAACCUUCUGUUGGAGCAACUGGGUAUCAAAGACAAGAUGCUGGAUCCGCCAUGUAACCGGAGCAGUCUCAAGUACCAGCCAGCUGAUGCAGGCAACUGGAAGAAUGAUUGCGACUUGAGCGGCAGCGCUAUCUCCCUCCCACCAAUAACUCUUCCGGCCAACUGCCACAUCAAUGACAAAUGUUUGGGUAUAGACUGUUGUCUCCACAGCAACGUCCUUGAUCUGUCUCUUCACACGGCCUUCAACAUUGACCUCUGUAACUACUUCAUUGAAGGCUCCAUUGAGAAGUUCAGCUUUAAGCAUAACAUACUCAACUAUAACUGGGGAAAAGAAGAAGUAAUUACGUUUGAUGGUGUUCCUGUUCUCAAAUUGAAGUUCAAGAUUGACCGGCUUCUGUCCCAGCAAGUGUUUAUUGUGGACCUGUCUCUGAGUCUGUGUCUGGAGGGAGAUGACUGUGAGCUGGACCUGAAGGUGCUGAAUCAGACACGACUUCCGAUGCCAGGAUGUGCCAAGUUCAAGGGAUUCAAGCUUCAAAAUUUCUCACUGGGGAACUGGCUGAGAGAAAAGGGCGGUGAGAUCACAGCUCAGCUGUCAGCAGUCCUGAUGGAAGAGCUCGGUAUUAAACAGCUCCUGCUGGACGCACAGUGUCAGGACUACCUGGAACCUUACAGAGGUGCUAUGAGUGGAUGGAACAACGCUUGUCCUGAAAACAUUACGAUACCAGUACUACCUCAGAACGUCUUCUGUCACUUGACUGACUACUGCACCGGGGUCACGUGUUGUGUCAAAGUGCCACAGGUCAAACGGAACUUCAAUGCCUACCUCUUCCUGGACUCCUGUAACUACAAUAUGAGAGUCGGCAUUGAGAAGCUGGAGUUCAGUCACACACUGUUUAACUACACGUGGGUUGUACACUGUAACUACAAUAUGAGAGUCGGCAUUGAGAAGCUGGAGUUCAGUCACACACUGUUUAACUACACAUGGGGUGAAACAGAAGUUAUCGAUCUUGGAGGACUGGUACGAAUUGAAUAUACCAUCAGCUCUAGUCAGAAGAGGUUCCUGGUGAACCUGAGCCUUAAGGUGUGUCUGACUGCUGGAGAGGCUUGUCAGUUUACCUUCCCUGUGUUCACAGACAUGAUCAUCCCUAAACCAUUCUGUGACUGGGAGGCCACCAAGCAGCUACAAAAUUUCUCCCUUAGAGAGUUUGUGACAUCGCAAGGUGGUGCACUGACAGACAGACUGGCUGAUACACUGGUGGACAAGCUGAUGGAGACUCUUGGUGUAUCCGGCUAUCUUCUGGACCCGCAGUGUUCCAUGAGUGGUCGGGGCACGAAUGGCUGGAGCUCAGAUUGCCCCAGACCGGUUUCACUGCCAACACUACCCGACUCUCUGUCCUGCAGUCUUCCCGACCACUGUACUGGAAUAGACUGUUGCCUCAAUGUGCCUCUCAUCAGUCGGAAUGUCCACUUCAAGGUCGACUUGGACAUGUGCAAAAUGACCCUUACAUUGGCCAUAGAGAAGCUUGAGUUUAGCAGACUGCUCUUCAACUACCAAUGGGGGACGCCAGACAGUUUCAAUCUGAAGGGGAUAUUCCGGGCAGAUUACGUCAUCGACAAUCUGGAGGGAGAGAAACAGUUUCUUGUAAGUCUCAACAUCAGUGCCUGCUUCGAGGCUGGAGGGAAGUGUCUGGUUACCCUACCAGUGUUAAACCAAGCCAGGUUCCCCAACCCUGGAUGCGACUGGAACUCAACGCUGUCCCUCAAAGGCUUCUCCCUGAAGAACUGGCUGAAUGAUCAUAAUCUGAACAUCGGACAAGCCUUGACCUCAGUAUUCCGGUUCCAACUAUCUCUAGCUCUGGGCAUCUCUGAGUACCUUCUGGAUCCCAUGUGCGACAGGCAGAGGGGGAUAUACAAGCCGGGAUGGAAUAAUGCGUGUCCAAAACCAAUGACCCUACCAAGCCUCCCGAGCAGCCUGUCGUGUCAUAUCCCCGACUACUGCACUGGACUGGACUGCUGUGUGGAUGUGGUCAGUCUGGGGAUGUCCUUCAACUUCAAGAUCCUCCUGGACACACGGAACCUUGUCCUGACUGUCAGCAUCGAGAAGCUCACCUUCCAGACAUCAUUGUUCAACUACAAGUGGGGAGAAUGGGAAAAUUUCAACCUUAAUGGCGUCGUUAGGUUAAGUUUCAAGAUUGAUGACCUUGUACAUGCUUGGAAGUACCUGAUGAGUCUGAAACUCUCGCUGUGCUUUGAAGCAGACUCUCCCUGUGCUCUCAGCCUUCCUGUCCUCACAGAUAUCAGCUUCCCCAAACUAGUGUGGAACUGGGAUAAUCCUUUCUCCGCGAUUGACAACGGCUUCUCUUUGAAGAACUGGCUUUCUGAUUUGAAGCUUCCGUCUGGUAAGAGACUCGCCAGCUUAGCUGUGUCGAAACUCUUGGACAGACUUGGGAUUGCGGACUACUUGACAAACCCCCAGUGUAACAAGAGCCUACCACCUGGAGCAGUUGGCGGUUGGAAAAAAGAUUGCCCUGCAAGUCUCACCCUGCCAACACUACCAGACUCCGUCACCUGUCAUCUGUCAGACCCGUGUGGCUCCAUACAGUGUUGUAUUGACGUGGACUUUAUCGGGAGAUCCUUCAACGUCCAGGUUGGAAUAGACCCGUGCACCUACACCUUCACCAUGGGCAUAGAGAAGCUGGUCUUCACCAGGAUCUUAUCCAACUACAAAUGGGGAACUCUGGAACACUUCAGCUUAAAGAACGUGGUCCGUGUAGAUUUCAUGCUCGAUGACCUGUUCGGGGAAAAGAAGUUCCUGAUCAACCUCAACAUCAGUGUCUGUUUCGAGGAGGAUUCUUGUAUGAUUUCCUUCCCAGCUCUGAAGAAUGUAAAGAUUCCCAAGUUGAUAUGUGACUGGGACAGUACAGCUGCUCUUGCAGAUUUCUCUCUGUCUGGCUUCCUGUCCGAGAUGAAGUCUAAUGGGUCUGCGAGUCUUACUUCAGUCAUCGCAGCCAAACUGUUUGAGAGGCUGGAAAUAGCUGGAUAUCUGAAGACAGCACAGUGUCAAAAUACAAGUAGUCCUUAUGUACCUACAAUCAAUGGAUGGAACAACGAGUGUCCAGUUCAUGGGCUUGACCAGUAUCUCCCAAACCUCCCUGAUUCCAUGGCAUGUCACAUCCCCGACAUCUGUACCGCCGUUGACUGCUGCAUCUACAUCGACUUCCUGUCACGUGCCUUCAACGUCUUCGUGACAGUGGACAUGUGCACCUAUCAGUUGACGGUGGGCGUGGAAAAUCUGGUCUACAAACGGAUGUUGUUCGACUAUCAGUGGGGCACAGAAGAACAUUUUUAUGUAAAAGGUGUCAUUCGAGUUGAUUACACCAUCAACCGACUUAUGUCUGAGAAGAAACUGGAGGUGACUGCAGCUGUCAGUGUGUGUCUGAAACAAAACGAGUGUCUGUUCUCCAAAACCUUCCUUGACAAGGCCAAGAUACCACAACCCCUGUGUGACUGGGAGGCCAGGCUGCAACAGAGAAAUUUCUCAUUGUCCAACUGGGCAUCAGGCAAGGGUCUGUCCUCCACCGUGUCGACUCUCUCGGAAACACUCAUAUCUCAGCUCAUGGAUGAUCUCGGGGUGUCUCAGUACCUCGUCAGUUCGGCCUGUGAUCAGUCAGCAAGUCCAUAUUCCCCUGCUGGGAUAAACAACUGGAAUAAUGAAUGCAGCAGCCGAGCCAUACCAUUCCUACCCGAGUCUGUGCGAUGUCACCUGACCUCCAACUGUUCCACUGUAGACUGUUGUGUCGAUGUUCGACUCAUCAAGAGGACAAUCCAAGCCAAGUUUGAUGUGGAUGUUUCAUCAAGAUGUGUUUUGAAGACAACACGUGUGUGCUUGAAGUCCCAGUCUUCUCGCAAUCAGAGCUGGCGUAUUCCCCAUGUAACCCGAGUCUACCGGUGCCGUUUGAUGGUGUCUCCUUUGAUUUCUGGAAGUCUAAAAAAAUGUGCUCUACAAACUUCCGCUUGUCUGGCAUCCCUCCCCACGGCUAUCUCGAGCACCUGCCGCCUGACUGACAACUGCAUGGGCAUAACGUGUUGUGUGGACGUCGACCUGAAGUACCUCGGCAUCUACUCCAUCACUGCCGGCAUCGAGGUUGACCACUGCAAUGACCAGCUUGUGUAUCAUAUAGAGAACAAAGAGUGGUCAAAGAAGCUUCAGGUUGUGGAAUAUGACAAGAACCACACUGUGUUAGUUGGCAACGCCAUCACCGUGAGCUACGUGAUCAGCAAAACCGCGUCCUCCUAUGAAGUGUCCUUCCACGUCAAGCUCUGUGUCAUGAACGUACACGACCUCAUCAACAAGUGCUACUACUACAAACUCCUAGAUGAAAAGGUGUUCCAGAUGCCGUCUUCUUGUUCACCUGUUGGACGAAGAAGGAAAAGAAGUCCUUUAGACCUAAUACAUACAGGCGAUGCCAAACGGAUCCUUAAUGAUGCUAUGAACCAGAACUUUACAAAUGAAGAAAUCAAGGAUCUUUUUGAAAGACUGAAGACUGAAGCAAAGAGGGACAACUCACUGAUGUUCACCCGCACAGAUGAUGAUGGCACAGCCACCAACACUAAGAGUGCCAUCAGAAAGAUGGGUAUGGCCAACCCAGGAACCAUUCUGUACUCAGGGGAGGUCGGCAGAGGGAACGUGGUACUCGGCAUGGAAGGAGGCGAGAAGAUCAUGAAGGUCCUGGGUCAGGUCACCGACAUCCUGGGUCGCGGGGACCAGGCGUACACUGUUGGGAAAGGUCUGACUGGGAAAGGACUGGAGCUGCUUGGUGCUAAACUAGCCAACAUGAGUAUUGGGGAGAUCAUAGCCAUGUUUGAUGCCAAGAACAUCGACCCUGAACUUGCUCUUCGACUGACGAGACAACUGAGAGAUCUGGCUCUUGCCCUGUAUUCAGAUAUCAUCAAUGCCAUCAUCAACGGCGAUGGAACCAACGCAUUUAGUUCUUUUGACAUUACCCUUCAAGGAGAUUUCAGUAUACCCAGAAAAAGCAUCUCUUUCUUCGAAUACGAAUAUUUCUUCCUGAUUGGAGGAUUCGUACCCAUGACCUUUAAGUUUGGAGCCGGAGCUUCUUAUGGAAUGGAAAUAGUUGUCGGGGCUAAGAUCCUUGGCAUGACGGUGUUCGGUGAAGUGGUACCCUAUGGAAGUGCCCAUGUUUACGGAGAACUUGGCAUCGGAUUUAUACUGUAUGGCAAGCUGAGAUUUGAUGGUUACCUCAUGAACCUUGCGUUCCCGUCCAGGGCUGAAAUAGGGUUCUAUAAGUUCCCACUUGAUUUAAGUCUGAAGAUGGACAUAGAGCUGGUUCCUCUGGAGAUGACCCUGCGGGGACUAGUUACCCUGGAGGUCAAUCUCUGGCUCGUCACGAUCAAGAAGAUAUUGUACCAGGCAGUUAUCUGGCAAUAUGCUACUCCAGUGAUAAGGAAAAGACUGAUAGACACAGGCAAGAAGGAGGAGGACAAGUCUCCACCACAGUUCCUCAACUACGUGGACAAUACGGGAGGUCCUGGCCGAAAGAAGAGAGCAGUGUCCACAUCGCGGAGCUGCUUAGUGAGACAACUCCCCAAUAGAGACUACACAGAACCGGCUGUAGAGAUAGCCAUAGCUGCCCAGGAUGACCGGAGUCAGGUCCAGAUCUUUGUGGAUGCUGGCACCAAACCUGGACUCAGUGAUGUGCUGAGAAAAUCCACCCUCGGUGGACCAUCAACAAUUAUCACUCAGCGAUUUUCCAAGAAUGGCUACGGUGUCCCCGUUUACUUCACGGUGUAUGGAGAGAACAGCGCAGGCGCGAGAUCCACCGUGACUUGCGCCAUCCCCACCUAUGACGUCACGCCCCCUGGUGGCAGAUUGACAGCGGACUUUAGUUCAACCAGUAACCCAGCUGAGCUGAGAGGGAACGUGGUGGUGUAUGAAGAUUCCGAUCUGGUUAAAUCCUCUGUGGGUGUCGGACUGGGAAGAGGAAUCUACGCAGAUGAAAUAAUAGCCUACAACUCGGUCAAUCUCAGAGGAAGGCACACAGCCGGCUAUGACCCUUCAUCUGAUCAGUAUGGCCAUGAAGCGUUAAAACAGUUUACGGGUCUGAAGAAAGGUCGGCUGAUUGGCCCAGUGUUUGCCGAGUUCUCCAGGAUGAACCACGCCGGGUCGUGUGUGAAGGAGUGUAUGAAGUCCCCGGAGACCAAAUGUUUGAGCGUCAACUAUGACUACGGGCCUAGUGGACAUUGUGAACUGUUAGAAGGCAUUGAAGGACACGACCAUAAAAUCUUCAUUUCUGAUCAGUAUUCUCACUAUGAGAGGCUUGGAGUUGGUCUUGCCCACGAGUUCAUCUACAAGGAUUUGUCUCUACGUCACGGGGUCAUGUACUACUUCAACCUCCACCUUAUCAACAACCUACAGUUUGAUUCCAUCCUCCAUAGCAAGGGGGUCGUGGUUGAUUUAACACCUCCUGAACCAGGUCCACUGGCUAAUGUGAGUCUCGAUGUCCUGGAGGUGACCUCGUGUGAGAGUGUGGUUCCAGAUGACAGACCAGACUGGGAAGUCAGGUGUCGAGGUGUCAACAGUCAGUUAAAAAACCACAGGAUAAUUCAUGAUGGCACUGGAUCAAAAACCGUUUUCAAUGGGGACGAACCCCUUACUGAUCUCCUAUACACCAGAGCAAACAGAUACGUAUCAGCUAACUGGGACGGCAUCAUGGACAAAGAAACGGGCAUACUGGGCUACUCCUUGACCGCAGGGACACAGAUCUGUGAGGAGCUGAUUCACCCCCAUCAUGACCCUCACAGGCACCUGUUUGACGAAUCAGAGUGGACCCACACUGGACUCAUCUCCCCUAUACCGGCUCCAUACGACCCUCUCGCUGAUGGGAAAUACUACAUCACACUGAGGGCCUUGAACAAGGUUGACUAUGGAGGUCCACUUGUAACAACAAUCUGCCACACCACGCCGCUAGGGGUGGACAACUCACCACCACUCCUGUAUGAAAUCUAUAACGUCUCCUACAACGAAGAUACCUUCUUCAUUAAUGCGCAGUACAACGCCAGUGACCCACAUUCAGACAUCAGAGAAGCAGACUUGUGUCUUGGACGGACCACACGUGACUGUCAUCACAUGGACUGGCAGAGGUCCUCCCACAAUGAUGGCGACAUCACCCGUCAGUUCCAGAUCCCGGGUGGAACUCCUGUCUGGAUUAAAGUCCGGGUAAUCAACAAUGUUGAUUUAAUGAAAGUGGGAGUGUCCGACCAUCCGAUCAUAGUGGACACAUCUCCUCCUGAACCAGGCAUUGUGUAUGACGGACCCUUCUUCAGACAUGACCUCAACUUUACCAAGGAUGCUGAUAAGAUCUGCGCAAACUGGUUUGGGUUCUAUGAUCCUGAGUCGGGUAUUUCCAACUACGAGGUGUCGGUUCUUGAUGACACAAACACAACAAUCUCCGAGCCGGUCAGUCUUGACCAUAAGACACACGAUACCUGUGUUCAGCUUAGCUCUAACCAGAGGCUCGAACACGGCAAGGCCUACAGAUUCUACACCACAGCAUUCAAUGCUGGCCACAAACAGCUGAACGUCUCGGCAAUGUCAGAUGGAGUGAUCGUGGAUCUGACUGCCCCUGUGCCGGGUGACGUUGUUGACGGUAUACGGCACAGCUUUGUCGACGUUGAGUUCAGUACCCACGUUGCCACAGUUGGAACCCAGUGGAGGAACCAUAGUGACCCCGAGUCCGACAUAAGAGAGUUUGCUGUACAGAUACUAAGAGCAAAAGGGCUGUCGUCAGAAUUUGAGAUAUUAAGAAACUGGAACACUCUGGGCAAAGACGUCAGACAGAUCGAGUGGCACAACUUCCACCUGAACCAUCAGGACAUUGUCAAGACGAAACUGAAGACCAUCAACAACGCCCUGGGUACUGUAGAACAGACAACAGAUGGGUUUGUGGUGGAUCUCACUCCGCCCAGGAUGGUGUACCUAGGUGAUGGACGUGAACAGAACAAAGACACGGACUUCCAGACAUCCAGCACUACUGUUGAAGCCAACUUUCAGUUUCAAGACCCCGAGUCUGGGUUGGAUCAUUACAAAUACCAGGUGUAUGAGCUUUACCAUGGGUCAAAACAUCAGAUAUACCCAGAUUCAGAAGGUUGGGAGACCUCCAGCGACCCUAGCAUCACCAGCCUCAGUCAGUCGGGCUUGAGUCUCCGGCCGGGCGCCCAGUACAGUGUGAGAGUCGGGGCCGUCAACAGAGCCGGGGCCGUAGCCACAUACGACACAAACGGCGUCCUUGUUGAUAAUACUCCACCUCGGAUGAAAUGGGUCUACGUUGGCAUUUUCUCUGGCAGUGAAGAAGAGUUGAUUGACGGUCACGUUAUCCAGUCUGAUCCAAGCGGUAUCAAGGCCACCUGGUUUGCUGUGGACCAUGAGAGUGGCAUCAAGUCGUACAUGGUCGCAGUUGGAACCACUAAAGGUGGAACUAAUAUCCUAAACUGGAAGGACUUUGGUUCUGACAGAGACAAAUACAUGGACGAGUUGACCUUGAGCGUGACCGACCCUGACACGAUGACCCCUGUUUACUAUGUGUCUGUAAAGGCGAGCAAUGGAGCUGAUCUGACCGGUGACGUCAUAACGUCAAACCCCAUCCGGGUCGUUGACCAGGACAAAGCGGGUAUUGUCAUCGACGGCGCCGACUCCACCGAGAGAAUUGACUUCAUGGACAUCGGUAACGACACGGACUACCAGAAAGACACGGGAGUUGUGACCGUACAGUUUGCCGGGUUUGAGAGCCACGAGCACGGUGUGACGUACUAUGACUGGGCGGUAGGGACGGCACCUGGUGGCGAGGAGGUGCAACCGUUCAUCAUGGCGGGUCUUAUGCACGAAGAAGCAGAGACCAAGGUUCCUGGAAAUGGUAUCGCCAGCAUGGGUUUUGGUCAGACUGUCCUCCCGCUGUCACCCGGCACGACAUACUACACCACAGUUCGCGGCAUCACCAACGGUGGCAACAUCCUGGAAUCCACGUCAGAUGGAUUUACUGUUGAUAUCACUCCUCCUGACAUCCACAUGGAAAGCUAUGGCUCUGAGAGCAACCAGAGCAGACUGACCUCCACCACGACACUGUACCAGGCUGAGGUGGACUCCAUCUCCUCUUCCUGGAAGGUUGCAGACAGUGAGAGUCCAGUCAAGAAGAUGUACUACUCUGUGGGGACCUACCCUCACGGGGAGGAUGUCAAGCCCAGGACUGAGGUGGACAUCCUGCUGACCGGCGAGGGGGCGCUACCCACUGGCAUCGAACCUACAACUGAUGGAAAACCCAAUAUUCUGACUCUGACAGCUGAAAAUGAACUUGGAUUGUCCUCAAGCAUGAUCUCCCCCUAUCUUGUGGUUGACAUCUCAUCUCCAACAAAGGGAACACUGACAUGUCCAAGCUUUAUUCAGCCGAGGUCUGCAGUGGAGUGCACAUGGACAGGGUUCUACGACGCAGAGAGUCAGGUUGUAGAGUUUGAGUUUGCUGUUGGCUCUCAUGAGGGGCUGGAGGAUGUCAUCACUCCUGUCAAGCUGCCGGGACAUGCUGCAAAAUAUGUGGUUUCAGGCUUAGCUGAUAAGGUGACCCACGGUCAGAGAUACUAUGCCAAGGUCAAGGCCAUCAACCAAGUAGGAAUGACGUCAUCAAUCAUCUCCAAUGCCAUCAACGUGGACACCACACAACCAGCGCCGGGCACUGUGGUGGAGUUGAAGUCUGCCUACAUCAUCAACGUCACCGACGAGAUCAUCACCGAGAAACUGAACACCUACAAGUGUGACACAGAGGAAGACUGCCUGGCUAUAGACGCUGUGUGUCAGGAGUCUCUGUCUGCUGUCAACGUGGCCUGGCAGACCUUCAACGAUGAAGAAACAGAGAUUGUCAAGUACGAGAUAGCUGUUGGCACUUCACCUGGGGGGGGACAACUGAGGGGGUUCUUUGAGACUGAUGACGUCACAAAGAGAUACUUGUCGGUCACAGGCUUGAUCCUGAAGGGGGUGAGACAGAUAUUUGUGACGGUGAAAGCUACCAAUGGAGCUGGUCUCAGCACAAUAUCGACGUCUAACGGUAUCUACAUGUCCUACCUCAGUCAAGGCUUGGAACCACUCACUCAUGUUGGAAUCUGGGAUGGUGAAAGCCAUGAUGGUGAUCUUGAUUUCCAGACAAGUCUGUCCCGAAUGGGGGCCAAGUGGGACGUGUCAGGUGACCCGUGUCCGGUGGUCAAGUACGAGUGGGCAAUACAAAGGGCUGACGGGCUGAGGGUGCAGGAAUACUUCGAUACAGAAGGAAGAACUCAUGGCGUCAACGACCAACUGGCCAUGCAAAACAUGGAACGCUACUAUCAGUACCUACGUGUGACCAACGCCAUGGACUACACCUACACCAUCAGAUCGAACGGCAUCACCAUCGAGGAUGACCCCCUGGUGCCUGGACAGGUCAGUGAUGGCGAUGUCAUUGGAUUUGACCUUGAGUUCCUCCGAACUAGAAGUAAAGUCAGCGCCAACUGGGACAAGUUUGGUAGCGAUGGCAACGCUGACGAGGUAUCAGCUGGAAUAAAAGCAGAUAAUGUUCCUGAAGAGGAGAAAGAGAAAUCUUCCAACCAAGAAGUCGCUUUCUAUGAAGUUGCCCUUGGAACCGACCGCCGUUUCCCCAAAACACGUGACAACGUCGUGCCUUUUGUCAACGUUGGCCUUAACAAAACUGUGACCUUCUACGACCUUGACCUCACCCCAGUCACGGCAAUAUAUUACUUCACAGUCAGAGCACACAGCCUUUCCGGGUCCAAGACGGACGUCACGUCCAAUGGCUUCUCUGUUGGCUUUGAUGGAGGCGUUUCUGUGGGUAUCAUCGACAUGAAAGAAUUUGUCAACACUGACACUUAUGUAGAUGUACCUUGGGACGGGUUCGAAUCCAAGAUCGGCAUGAUGAUGUACUACGUCGGUCUCUCAAGCAGCACAGACGCGAACAACUACACAUGUGGACAGUUUACUGAAAGAGGCUCCAUCAGUGACGACGAGCGACGAGGCAUCUUCAACGUUGUGGACCUCCAAAAUGUGGGGAAGGACACUUUUAUGAAGUUUGAAAAUCUGUCUCUGGAUCACAAUGGAAUCUACUAUGCUUGGGUCAUUGGUGCUGACAAGGCCGGAGAGUGCAACGUGACAAGUCACAUGUUCCACGUGGACGUAACACCUCCAGUCAAAGGCAAGAUCAGAACAGGGCCCUAUUAUGACAUGAAACUGAGUUACUCGGCCAGCAGUGAGAGUCUUCAGACCUACUGGACAGGCUUCAGUGAUGAGGACUCGGGCAUCCGAUGCUACCACGCAGCCCUGCUGAAGAGAGCCUCCUGUGACGAAGACUCGGAGGAAGAAACUGUCGUAGAAUCCAUAGAGAUUGAUGUCAACUACACGUCCUAUAAAUUCAUGGACAUUAGUAUGCAGGGCAAUGCUCCUUACUUUGUGCGUCUUGUGGUGGAGAACUUUGCUGGACUCAAGUCGACAUUAGACUCUCCACCAGUCGUGUAUGACAACUCCAUCCCUCCCGGGCAUCGUCAUCGACGGGCACGAUUUCACUCACGACAUCAGCUGGAGCGGCUCUGCCACCACCGCACCUUCCUGCACCACCCUGUGCCCGACGUGUCUCCAUGUCCUGUCAGACAAAUCAGAUUUGAUGACUCGGAGUGGAUGUACCUGGAGUCUGACCGUAACCAUGACAGCAACAACCGCAGCUUGACCUUGACCUACAGAUCAGCCAACGUGCACCCGGAGUCCGGCAAAGUGGACAUCAAACUGGCCAGAGAUACCAAGACUGACUCCAUGUAUUCUGGAACCUACUUCAGAGAUGCUGACCUUCUUAAUGGCGGGGAUCCUGCACCUGCAACUGUGAAUCCUACCUACAAGCAGAGAGAGGUACUACAAGAACAUCAGCAAAGAGGUCUGUGGAUCAGGAUGAUCCUGGCUACGAGAGUGAAGAAGCUGACGGAGGAUGAAAAGAAGAAGCUGCAGGAGACAGGCUCCAUCACCGGUGCAGCACCCAAGUUGGUGUCAUGGUGUAGUUACGGGGAUAACCUCAACGAGCCUGUAGAAGCAGUGAAAGACCUCCUACUAGACCCUUCCAGAGAUUACCAUCAGUACAUGGUCAAGUUCACGACACAGAGGGACGAAGCGAGGGGGAUCAGAGGUGAUUUUCAAAGAAACUUGAAACACGUUCAUGUUAUGAUAAGUAUGGGGAAAGGUUUUCAGGUUACCUGGUGCAUGUCAGUCUUCAUGGACGACGAUCUGAUGACGGAGCAGUGUGGAAUACCGCGUCUCUCUCCCAAAACCAGACUCUUCCUGGGAGUCUGGAAUCACAAGAACUAUAUUCCUGACACUGAACGAGAUUCGGAAGGGCAUCUAAAGGUUUGGAGUGCUACGGCUUCAUUCCGUGACCUAGUGAUGCCAGCCGAAAGGAGGAAGCUGUGUCGCUAUAGCCAACCCUUUCCAAGGAGAAACAACAGUUGUGGAGGGAGAGUAGUCCCUGUAUUGUACUACCUCACAGUGAAAGCUGUCCUCGGGUCUGGAACAGAGGCGGUAUCGUCAUCUGACGGCUUCAACAUCGACACGUCACCACCACUGUUUGACACCGACGUCAUGCUGUACAUUGACGUCACUCAGGGCAACUUCACCCCUGUGACAUACCAGGGAUCCAACGACACCAUCAAGGCUAUAUGGAAGUGCAACGACAACGAGAGCGAAAUUGUG